CAGAAAUCAAUAAGUGGAAGGACAUUAAACACCAAUGUGUGUUACUUGGAUCGUGACCUGUCUCGCUGCGAUGAUGUGGCCAGAAACACACAGACUGAGCUAGAGAACCUGUUUGCACAUGUGCAGUCCCUCCCCAACACACCCCAUAAUCUGAAGCUUAAGAAGCAAAUUUUAAAGGCUACCACAACCCCA